AUGGACGAAGAAUUCCCUGACCACAUAUCAUGCUGCCUCUCCAUCGAGGGAGAGGAGGAAUGCCUUUCAAUGCCCAAAGUGUCUCGGGAAAGUGGAAGAAUCCUUUCCAAAGUGUCUUGUAAAAGCAAAGGAAUGCCUACCAAUGCCACAUCUUCCACUAACUGCAAAACCAAUGAGAGAGAGACCUCAUGGAUCGAUCGAGUGAGGAAAAAGGUAAAUUUAGCACACCCUAUGGACCAUUGCCAUGGCCGAUGCACCAUGUUCAAGGUCCCCAAGCACAUCCGGGAGUUGGAUCCUAAAGCCUACACUCCAACGGUUGCUUCCUUUGGACCUUUUCACCACCACAACCCAUAUGAGAGUUCUGUCAUGAUGGACUAUAAGUGGCGGUCUGUCCAGCACCUUCUAUCGCAUCAUGGAAGUCAAGAUGAUAAUCAAUUGUUGGACAGGUGCUUGUUGGAGUUGAAGAAACAGGAUCACAAUGUUCGGCGCUGCUACGCUGAGGAAUUCUCUACAUUGGAUGCCGAAGAUAUGGCAUUGAUCAUGUUGCUUGAUGGGUGCUUCAUCAUUUAUCUCAUGCUAAAAAUGCAGUGUAGGAAGGAAUCAUCAACCAAGGAAAUAGAAAGGGAGAAGGGCAUGGAAGCAGAAAUGGAGGAGGAAGAGGAGGGGGAUGUGGUUAUAAAUAUCGAGGAGGAACAGCUUGAGAACAUAACUGUGGCAGGGCUAUUCACUCUCGAUUUAGUAGUUUAUGAUCUACUGAAGCUCGAGAACCAAAUUCCUUUCUUCAUCAUAAAAUUGCUAUUUGAUCAACUCAUAUCAUGUGAGGAUGAAAAGAUUGGUCUUGUCGACCUUGCCCUCCAACUCUUCAAAGACAUACAUCCCGAGGAAUCCGAAUCAUUCAAGAAAAAGAAGAAAAAUUCCCCAAGCAAAUACAAACAUCUGCUUCAUCUAUUUCAUUCAUCUCGGAUCCCUUCAGAACAGCAAGCACAGUUUACAUCAGAACCAGAAUCAAAGGCUGCUCCUUCACAACUAAUUCCGAAAUUUAAACCAGGAUGGAUUUCUGAUGCAAUUAAACACAUGAAGUCCCAGCGGAAGAAAGCAGAAGCUGCUCCUCCACAAGGGUCUUCAACAUCUGCUCCCAGAUGGACUCCUAGCGCGACGGAGAUCCAUAGGGCUGGGGUUAAGUUCAAGAGGAAGAAACCACCGGCAGAUAGUUUCUUGAACAUAACAUUUGAGCAGAGGAAGGUGGAGAUCACGCCAUUGCGAUGCCUCUUGAAUUUGCGGUUAAUGUUUAGGAGGGGACGGAUGGAGAUACCAUCGCUGCAAAUCUAUGACUAUACUGGUCCUCUCUUCCAAAAUCUCAUAGCUUUCGAACAGUGCUAUUUUAAUACUAAGAUGUAUAUUACGAUAUACGCACUCUUUAUGGAUUGCAUCAUCGACCAGGCUGAGGACGUGCGGUUGCUCCACUUGGAAGGUAUACUGGAACACAAACUAAGCAAUGAUCAAGCAGUAGCACAACUCUUCAAUAAGUUAGGUAGUCAGAUACACUUUGAUUUGAAAAAGAACUACCUUACAGAUCAGAUUCAGAGGGUAAACAAGUUUUAUGACUCCAAAUGGCAUAAAACGCUUGCUGCGUUGAGGCGAGACUAUCUUGGCAACCCAUGGGCUACAAUUUCAGUGUUGGCAGCGAUCUUCCUUCUCUUGCUGAGCAUUGAGCAGGCAGUAUUUUCUGCUUUGUCCUUUUUUCACUCUUAA